AUGACCUCCAAUGAUUUGAUACAACUUCCGAACCCCCUUCCGCUUGACGAUGAUACUGGAAUGAAUGUAUCAAGCGUUUAUGAAGGAGGUUCUUCUUGCACCCAUCCCGAACACCUUGACGGCAGUUUUCCCACUGACGCAGUUCCAUCACUAUCUGCUGAACCGAACUUAACAGACGACCUGAUUCAUGCAAUGGGGCCCUCUCUAAUGAGCUUAGGAAACUGGGAAACUUUACAAAGCAAAGACAUGCAAGCCCUAUCUUUCCACAGGGACAUAUAUUCUCCACUCAGAUCCACCCAAGACUCCUCCAAAUCCGCGCAUACCCUCUUCCUGCACCGCGCCUUCGACCGGGAGAUGGCACUGCAUUUCCUCUUAGCGGUGUCCCACAAUGAACUCGCAAUCUACAUGAAGCACGGGCCGACUCCUCCCCAAGAGUCCCGCGUGCACUACCGGCGCGGAUCCGAACUGCUCCAGAAACAGGUGGACCUGCAGCGAACAGCCUCCACCGACCACCUCAACAUGAUGCUGUCGUUCCUCUACAUUUAUCUAUUCUGGAUGCGACGCAGCCGCAUUGACUCGCGGAAGCUGCAUCAAAUCAGCCGAACCAUCUGCAAUUACGUGCAACUGUACACAUUAGACACCGUCUGCUCGCUUGGAGAGCUGCUUCCGCCGAUCACAAACCUCCCAGAGCUUGCAAUGACCGUCUCCGAUCAGAUUCUGCUCUCAAGGAUUCUCAUUUACCUCUAUGAUCGAGAUGGACUGUGCUGCUUCUUUGGGUGCGGCGGUGCAUUGGCGAACUACGUGAAUUCCAUGCCAGAUAAGAGACAGGCGCUGUGGCAGAUCUCUCGUAUACCGUUCCUGUGGCCUAUGGGCGGGCUUGGUUCCGUCUUGAGCUUGGGCCUUGAGGAAGAUAACAAGUACAUCCUGGAUGUGUACUUUGAGUUGAUAGUCCUGCACCAGGACAUCAAUUGUCUCAGCCAGAACAAGGUCCAGGAUCCCUAUGAAUCAGAUGUCAAAUUGAGAAGGCGUCUGGAAAACCUAGAAAAGAAUGUCUCAUUCCUUUCCUCCCUCGUAAAGGAACAGCAACCUGAUGCCACGCCGACCCCUCUCAUGGCAUACGUGACAACGACUGUCUUCUACGCACUGCACGUCUACCUCGAUCGAGCUACUACGAACGGCUUUGGGAGUACCCCAGUCUCGCCUCACACCCAACGAGCGCUGGCCGCUCUCCUGGCAGUGGCGUAUAAAACUAUUGCCGCUGGACCGGUGCAGCUCCUGGAACGAUUCCAGGGUUGA